AUGGAUCCCACGGCGAAACCCCGCGCCGGCGGAACUUUUGAGAAAACCGGAAGCUCGGGUUUGGCCAUGGCGGAAGAGGAGGAGAAAGGUGGUGGUGGUGGGCGCUGGCGGCCCCCUGGCCUCGACUCGCACUGCAUCAUGGAUUCCCGCCUGCCCAGUCCCCCUGGCCGGCCCAGACUGCCGCUGAGGAGGCCGCCCCAGCUGGCAUACAUCAUAUCUCGUGCCAACCUGCCCGGGGCUUACUAG